GUUGCAAGUGUAUAUAUAUACAAUAAAUAUGCAAUCAAUAAAGUAUAUCUUUAAAAAAAAAAAAAAAUAGAAAUUGCUGCUUUUAAUAGAAUGGAUUUAUAUUACCGACGUUGUAAUAAGUCCAGCACUGCCGAUAAUUCAGUUUUGUGAAUACGAAAUUUUAUAAAGACAAAUAUUAUAAAUUAGUCAUUAUUAUAUAUAGUUUUCUUGUCUAUAAAUAGAUUAUCAAUUUAUUUAUAUGAUAAAUUUGGAACAUCACUGGCAAUAACUUCUGCGGAAUAUAAGCUGUGCUUUUUUCAAGAUACUUUUAAUUCAAGUAGAAAGGAAGAUGAAUUGAAGUAUGCCUACUAUGAUAUUUGGCAUUGGUACAGGAUUAUUCUUAAUUCUAACUUUGUGGGCUAUUGCAAUAUUAAUUUUUUUAAUAUCAUUACGAAUAGAGAAGAAAAUCGGUUUGGUUGUUAUAGUUAUCAUAGGUCUUCUCACAAUAAUUUUGUUUAGUAUUCCUAGAGCUUCUGAAAAACCUAAUGUCAAUGAAAGAAAGAUUGCAAGUUUGAUACAAUCUGUCCAGUGAAUUGUCCAACUACAAAAACAAUAACUAUAGUAUAGUAAUUAUAAACAGAUCAGGUUUUCUAUGUUCAAUAAAAUAAUUAACAAAAAUUUAUAAUGAUACGAAGUAUUAACAAAUCAUUUCCAAUGUGGGUACGUCGUAUCUCACUAUAUCAUCAAAAAAAAAAAAUUUAUGAGAUAAACAGUAACAUAGAAUUUAAUAAUAAGGUAAUGAAUGGUAAAAGAACAGUUGUUGUCAAUUUUCAUGCAGAUUGGUGUGAUCCAUGUACAGUAUUAACACCUAAAUUAAUAGAACUUAUUGAACCUAUAGAGACAUUAGAUCUUGCUAUUAUUAAUUUAGAAUCCAAUCCAGAUUUAGCUGAUAUAUUUAGUGUAAAAGCGGUACCUGCUGUAUUUGCAAUGUCAAAUGGAUUAGUUUUAGAAAAAUUUAUUGGUUUACAAGAUAUUGGAAUGGUAGAAAAGUUUGUAGAAAAAUUAACUAUUCAAGAUGCAACAAAUUCGAAUAUUGAAAGUAAUUCAGUAAAUUUGAAAGUAGACAAUUCUGUAAAUCCUAAAGAUAAUAAUAUAAAAUCAUAAAAUCAUAUUUAUAAUAUUGUAUAUGUGUAAAUGUAGUUAUAUAUAUGAAAAUAUAUAAAUGUAUAUAUAUUAGGUCAUUAUAUAUGAAAUGUCUGAUUUUAUAAUAUAAAUAUAAUAUGAAAAAUCAGACGUUUCAUGUUUAAUAAACUAAUAUAUAUUUCUUUCAUUAUUAUAUUUAUGCAAUAAUCGUGACAAUUUAAAUCUAUUUGAUGCUAUUAUUUGUAAUUAUACAAAUAUCAAAUCAUAAUAGAACAUGUAAAGUUAGUAAAAAUAUUAAGAUAUUUCGCAAAAGCGUGGAUAAUCAUUAUAUGUCUUUGUAUUCUUCUACUGAAAGUAGCUUUCUAUGCAAUAUAAUAAUAUUAAAUUGUUCUUAUACUGAACAUCUAUUAAGGAUACUAGGCAUUCAUUUCAGGAAACUGUGGACCAUGUGAUUAUCCUUCUUUUAUAUAAAUAUAUAUAUAACAAACUGUACUACUAUUGUAUAAUUAUCUUGUCUAAACUAUAGUGAUUAUACCGACAAUGUUCUCUUGAAAACAAAAAACUAUUUAAAGUCAAUUUAAAAUAUACUUUAUGAAACGUAAAUAAUAUAAUAACUAUGUAUACUUCAAUACAAUAUACUUCAAUCACAAAAUAAACUAUCAUAGAACUGAGGUAGAAUAUAUACUUUUUUGUUUAUUAAGAAUAUAUAUGAUGUUCUAUUUAUAUUUUGUCUAUAUCAUAUCAACUUCGUUCUAUAAUUUAUUAUGUUUUAUAAUAUGUGAUCAUACUGAUGUAACAAAACUAUAAAGUGAUUAAUUUGUUUAUUUACAUAAAAUAUCAGUUGUUUUUAUUACAAUUCAAGAUAUUUAUUCAAACAUAGAGUGCACUUGUGACAUUAUUUAUCUAUUUUAUUUUAUUUUUAUGCUUUUGUAUUCAAACAUAGAUGUGAAGAUGGAAGUAAAAAUAUAAUAACAUAUUAAAGAUUAUUGAAAUUAAAAUAUAAAUGUCAUAUUUAAAUGCAGGUAUGCAAAUAGAGUAAUAUCUAAUUUGAUUAAAAUUUUAUAUUUAUUCUUAAUCAUAAAACAAUUCUGUACAAGCUAUGUAGGAAACUAAGCCAGCAAUAUAAUAAAGUUAUCAAUCCAUAUCAUCUCUAAUAAUAGAGCUUGAAUCUUUUUGUUUCGGCAGCAAGCAAUAUGUAAGUGUUAUUAAUUAAAAGACUAGCUAAGUUUUUUAUCAGUCAGGUGUGUUUAAAACACCAUGAUAAGGCAUUAUUGUGACUCUUCAUUGAUUACUUGCAAAAAGUUAUUAACAUAAUUGAACAAUUAUUUAAUAAGAAAAAUUUAUAGCAAAAUUU